UGUCUGUAGCGCAAUGCCUGGACUUUUUGAUUUUGAUCCAUUUAAAGACGCACCGGACCCAAAGGAAGCUAAAUCAUUGGAUGAUUUGUCAGCGAUAAAGAAAUUGGCGGAAAAAAUAAUCGAAGGCGCCUUCAAGAGUCCCGUCGAAGGCGAGAAAAUUCCCAAUCCAGACGAUUUCAAGAAAUUCUUAAAAGACUUAAAGAAACUUACUACUCCCAAACCGGGUAAAACUACUACGCCAUGUCCGGAUGCGACAACGACUGGAAGCACUACUAGUGCUACUACUACUACAUCAUCAACGACACCUGCUACAACCACAUCGGCUACGACAACAACAUCGGCUACAACAACCACACCGGCAACAACAACAUCGGCUACAACAACCACACCGGCUACAACAACAUCGGCUACAACAACAUCGGCUACAACAACACCGGCUACAACAACACCGGCUACAACAACAUCGGCUACAACAACAUCGGCUACAACAACGUCGGCUACAACGACUGAAUCUUGCACAGCCCCCACUCCACCCUCCAAAAUUCCGCCAAAAUUGAAAGACCACUCUCCGAUUGACAAAUUUUUGAAUCCAAUAAAAGGUGCGGCGAAAGCAAUAGGAUCUGUGUUUUAA